AUGCAGUUGCGCAGCGGGUGGGGAGGAGGAUACGAGUGGAGGGAUGCGCAAAACGUUCUGUUCCCCUUAGCAAAUAAUCUCAUUAAAAACAUUCAUAGACAUCACUUGUUCCUCUCUCUCUCUCUCUCUCUUUAUUUUCCCUUCUUCUUCUCAUUUCUUCUUCUUCUUCUUCUUCUUCUUCUUCUUCUCUUCCUUUUUCGUCGCCUUAUUCUUCACCUCCCCUUCUUCUUCUCACCCUGCUUCUUAUUUUCUUCGUCGUCCUCCUCCUCUUUCUUCUUCUUCGCCUACACCUUCUUAAUCUUCUCGUCCACUUCCUCCUCAUCCUUCUUCUUCUUCUUCUUCACCUCCCCUUCUUCUUCUUCUUCUUCUUCUUCUUCGUACACAUUCUUAUUCUUCUGCUCCUCUUCCUCUUCCUUCUUCUUCUUCAUUUUAUUCUUCUCCUCCUCUUCUUUCUUCUUCUUCUCCCCUUCUUCUUCUUCUUCUUCUUCUUCUUCUUCGAGUACACCUUCUUAUUCUUCUCCUCCUCUUCAUCCUUCUCCUCCUUUUCUUCUUUAUUUUAUCCUUCUCCCCCUCAUCCUUUUUCUUCUUCUUCUUCUUCUUCUUCUUCUUCUUCUUCUUCUUCUUCUCGUACACCUUCUCCUCCUCUUCCUGCCCCUCCCCCUCCUUCUUCAUUUUAUUCUUCUCCUCCUCUUCCUUUUUCUUCUUCUUUUUCUUCGCCUCCCCUUCUGCUUCUUUUUCUUGUUGUCAAUUUCAAGUUUAACUCCAGAUAUAAAAUGGUCUAGACUAGAAUAUAUCUCGCUAAGGCCAGAAUGA